GUCUCACGUGACACAUGUGACAAGCGCCCACUCGUUAAAGAAAGAUGGCGGCCUCCAUGUCUCGAUUAGAAUGAUUGCAUUUUCUUUUUGUAAUCAGUCAAUAGCUAUGAACAGCUUGCUCUACCUUUGUUUUGAAUUCUUAGUUGUGUCUGAACACACAAGUUGACUUCUUAGACUGCUGAGUAAUGGCAGGGCGUGGUCGAGGAAGGGGAAGAGGAGGAGCGAUCGCUUUUACAGCCGAAGUUUUGGGACUCGGACGUGGAGAUUCUCUACCGCCCCCAACGUCUCAACCACCACCACAUUUUCCACCCUUAGAGUUUCGCCCAGUGCCACUACCAACUGGAGAGGAAUGGAGCUACAUGUUGCUCUUAAAGCAGGAGUUUAGAGCCACAAUGAAAGACUCUCCUUAUUAUAUCAAACCACAAGAUAAAAAGAAAGAUAUUGCAAGAUAUUCAGAUAAGUACAGGCUGGGCAGUAACACGGACAACACCAUCGGCUGGACGCCAUACUGGAAGCACCUACCUAAAGAGCUUAGAAUCCGAGUCAGGAAACCAGGAAUGGCUACAACUUCAAAGUCUGCUGUUAAACCCAACUUACAAGCUGCCAAAAAGGUCACUAAAGAAGACGUAGAAGUAGUUACGAAACAACUGGCGGAGUUGGAGAAGAAAGAAACGGAGACGGCGGCAUCCGGAGAUGAGAAGCAAGAUGAAGAAGAAGAAGAAGAGAUUGAGGAAGAGGAAUACUAUGAUGAAGAAGAUCAGGAGGAGGGUACUGAUUACAUUAUGUCAUACUUUGAUAACGGGGAGGAGGAUAUGAAUGAUGAUGAUGAUGGACUAGAUGAUGGACCUGUCUAUUGAGCAAUCUGAUUGGUCAACAAUGCAAUAGCCACGCCUCGUAUCAGUCAGAGGUUCUGAUUGGAUCAUUUCCUGAUUGGGCUUGAUGAUGCAUCAAUCUGAUUGGUCAAACUAAGCAAUAGCCACACCAACUCGUAUCAGUCAGAGGUUCUGAUUGGAUCAUGGUGACAAUACUGCCUGAUUGGGCUUGAUGAUACAUCGAUCUGAUUGGUCAAACUGAGCAUUGGGAAUUCUUCAUACAUCUAUCGGAGAUUCUGAAUGGAUGGAAGUGGCCAAAAUACUUCAGCCAAAGCAGCAAGGACUCUGAUUUGAUGUCCCCACAAAUCGGGAAUGCUGAUUGAACAGAUCCAACGGUCCCUGUACUUGGAAAAGAAGUGGACUGACUUCUUUAGCUGAACUCGGAAAUUGACAAUGUGAUAGAGAUGUUCUUGUGUAAAGAAAGACCACCACACAACAAGACUUGGUUUCAAAAGUGCAGUUAAAUAAAAAAUUCCUACAAUGUAAA